CAGUUGUUUUUCUUGUCAGCAGUCAGUCACUAUAAAAGCAACUCAGAGAGGAAACUGAGAGAGAGAUUUCUGAGGAGAUCUACAGCUGGUUUGCAGGUAUCCGUGUGGACUCUGACUGUCUUAGAUUUACAACCUGGGCCUGGAAGCACCACACACAGCGAGGCGGGUUGAAGGGACGAUGUCCUCUGAGUCCCAAGGCCUGUCUUUAAACAGAAGCAGCAGCUCUCCAAUUCCUUCUCCUUGUGAACUACAAUCCUUUGACCCUCUUGGGUCGCCCUGCUUUCAGAUGCCAGAGUCACAGUGUCACCAGAGCAAUUUUGGAGAGGGGUUUGCACCUUACUCCCAAAGAGAGCGCGUUCCCUAUAGGCAGAAGAGUGCCGAGCGCUUUCGUAGACACAGCAUAGACGGAAGCCCCGUUGAACAGGAGUCUGGCCUGGCGGAAAACUAUCACUACCAUCCUUACAGACGUCAAUGCAGUGAAGGGGCCAUCGGUGAGGGUCAGACCUUCAGUUGUCUCAGAAGACCUGGACUGGCUGGGAAACUCAACACGGCCGAUGGAUUGGAGGAACAAUCCUCUUGGAGUCCAUUAAGCACUAAUGUGGAGACGACUAGCAUUAUGGGAACUCAACACCUCUACAGUGAGCCUCAGAUAAGCUCUGAAGAUCCUCCCGACUACACCUCAGUUAAUCAUCAGACGUACAGUGCCAUCAGUCCUCUACAACAUCAGUUUUAUUCUUCAAGAGGAAUAGACACGGUUUCUCACUACUAUAGCCAAAGCCUCUCAUCACAAACAUCUCAAGACAAUUCUGCCCAGACACUACCUAAACCCGUCUACUCUUACAGUAUUCUGAUCUUCUUGGCUCUGAGGAAUAGCAAAACGGGCAGUCUACCAGUAAGUGAGAUCUACAGCUUCAUGACGGAUCAUUUCCCCUACUUCAAGACAGCACCUGAUGGAUGGAAGAAUUCUGUCCGACACAACCUCUCUUUAAACAAGUGCUUUGAGAAAGUAGAGAACAAGAAUGGGAACUCCUCUCGAAAGGGCUGCCUGUGGGCCCUGAACCCAGCGAAGGUAGAGAAGAUGCAGGAGGAACUUCACAAGUGGAGACGUAAAGAUCCGCUGACUGUACGGAGGAGCAUGGCCCGACCAGAGGAGCUGGAACGUCUGCUUGGGGAGAGACCUGAAAAAUUGAAGACUCUUGGAUCUCACUUCAGUCUACCAAGCAGCCAUACACAUUCUCAGUCCUUAAGAGUUGCCAUGCAUCCUGCCUACGGACACCAACCUGUCCAUGAGACUAGUGUCCCGCAUCAGAAGUCUAUCUACAGCCCUUUACCCUCUCAAACUGUCAUCCCGCCUCCCCCCUACUUACCUCCAGACACUUUAGCUUUCCCAUACCACUCUCCAGUCACCCAUCAGCCCAGUGCUGGGCAUCCCUCUAUUCCCAGGACAGGCAGCUUGGAUUCCCCCUUACCAGCACACACCCCACCAAGCUACAGCACCGCCCUGCAGGCUGGUCACAGCACUACAGCAAGUAUGCAGGAGCUUCUGCUGGAUGGAGAAAUCAGCAAUGAUGUUGAUACAUUAAAUCCCAGCCUCACAGAUCUACAAUUACAUGGAAUCUUUGGGAGGGAGCUAAGGAAUGACAGCCUGUCUCUGGAUUCACUGGUAGUUAUGGACUCAACCCCUUUCCUUCCCAGUUCAGUCCCAGUCAAGUGUGGCAUCAAGCCUCAGGUGGAGAACCGUUCAUCUACAUGUGCGUUGGUACUGGAAGCUCCAGUUCAAUUUCUCUUCCCAUGA